GCGCGCACCACCACCGCCGCCACACCACCACCUCCGCCACACCACCACCGCCGCCACACCACCACUGCCCCGAGCUGCAAGGAGAUCCGGGCUCAACGGCCAGGGCGAGGCUGCCGUCAACCCCGCAUCGCAGCCUUUUCAGCGCAGAGGGCGACAGCAGCGUUCCAGACGUUCUGCGUAGGGGAUACGCGUCGGCAAGCAGCAAACAUUUACCACAAUCGAGCGUGGUGCUACUCAAUGAUCCCAAUGCGCGGCCGCACGGACAGCGUCAUCAAUAUGACAUCACGACCCAACAUGAAUGCGCUUUGCAGACAGAAAGACAAUGAGCUGCUGGAGGCGGCACGGCACAACAACGUGAAAGCCAUCGAGAGGCUGCUGAUCAGCGAGAAGGUGAACCCCUUGGCCAGAGGGGAGCUGGGAGAGACCGCCCUGCACAUGGCGCUCCUCUGCAACAGCCAGGAUGCGGCGAUGAUGCUCAUCCACAGGAUUCCACCGCUGCUGAACCAGCCCAUCACCUCUGACAUGUACCAAGGCCAAACGGCGCUGCACAUCGCCGUGAUGAACCAGGACGUGCAGAUGGUGCGCGAGCUCCUCUCCUGCGGCGCCGACCUCCACUCCCCGCGAGCCACGGGCUCUUGCUUCACGUCAGCUGACGGCAGCAGCUGCUACUACGGAGAGUUCGUGCUGUCGUUCGCCGUGUGCACGGGCAACGGGGAGAUCGUGAGACUCCUCGUCAAGAACGGCGCCACCUUAAAAGCGCAAGACUCGCUGGGGAACUCGGUGCUACACGUGCUGGUGCAGCACCCCAAUGGCGAGAUGGUGCGCUCCAUGUACGACCUACUCUCCGAGCUGGUGCAGCCCGACGAGUGGUGCCAGAUCGAAAGCCUCGCCAACUCCGAGGGCUACACGCCACUCAAGCUCGCCGUAGCGCUUGGCGACGACGCGAUGUUCAGCUACCUGGUGGAGAGAAGGAAAAAGGUGUACUGGACCAUGGGUACCAUCUCCUACACCGUGUACGACCUGCGCGAGAUCGACACAUGGGGAGACCAGCGCUCAGUCCUCGACAUAAUCACCUCCAGCUCUAAGAAGAAGGUGCAGAGUAUGAUCGACCUGCGGCCCGUGAAGGACCUGCUCAACCACAAGUGGAACUCCUUUGGCUUCAACUACUUCCUCGUCUGGAUGUUCUCCUACGUCUUCUAUGUCAUGGUGUUCACCAUCUGCUGCCUCUACCGACCCUUGAAGCUCAUCCCACCAGAGUUGUCCGACAACAUCACCAUCAUGGUCCUCAAGGAGAUCCAUGAGGCCUACUCCACCAAGGAGGACUUCGUGCGCCUGCUCGGGGAGAUCAUAACAGUGAUGGGGGCGGCCGUCAUCCUCUACCUGGAGGUGCCGUACAUCAUUAAAAUCGGGCCCAAGAAUUACUGCAAAAACACAGUGAUCGGAGGACCCUUCCCAGUGCUCAUGGUCUGCUACUCGUGCCUGAUCGCCAUCAUCAUGGUGCUGCGGGUGAUGAGCCACGAAGGGGAGUCGAUCGCCAUGUCCCUGGCGCUCGUGCUCGGCUGGUGUAACACGCUGUACUUCGCCCGCGGCUUCGAGCUGCUGGGCCCCUUCUCUAUCAUGAUCCAGAAGAUUAUAUUCGGCGACCUCAUGCGCUGGUGCUGCCUGCUGGUGAUCUGCGUGUUCGGCUUCACCGCCGGCUUCUACGUCGUCUUCCAGACGCUGGACUCCAGGGUCUACCCCAAUUUCCAGAACUUCGCUGUGACCUUCUUCACGGCCAUCGAGCUCAUGAUGGGACUCAUCGAGUUGCCUGUGCCUUACGACCGGCACACGCCCUACGUCAUCUACCUCAUCUUCAUUGUCUACAUGAUCUUCGCAUACCUGCUCAUGUUGAACCUCCUCAUCGCCACCAUGGACGACACCUUCUGGCGAGUGGCUCACGAGCGCAUGGAGACCUGGAAGAUCCAGAUCGCCGCGAGCACGCUGCUGUUGGAACGCCGCAUACCCAAGUCCCUGCGCCACCGUUCCGGCGUGCCCGGGAAUUUGCUCGGCUACAACAAAAACAUCUGGUACCUCGGGGUCGAGGAGAUCAAGGAGGCCAACUGGCGCAGGAAGAACAAUGGCGGCGGCGUGGACAACAAGGAUGGGCCCAGCCACUGGGGGGAGGAUGCCUUCAAAGAGAUGGACUCCGACCUUAAAAUGGUGGUGUGUCGCUGGGACACCGUCCGACAGAACCUGGCCAAGAUCAUCGUCAUGAGUCGUCAGGACGAGACGGUGUUCUGAGCUCGGAGGCGCAUUCAACGGGGUGUCCCACCGCAUGUCAUGGGAUAGUCGCUAAGUAGAUUGCUUCUGCGGCCUGUCAGAAACGCUCUUCUGUGCGCUAUUAGGAAGCUACUGGGAGCUAUACACUUUUCAAUUAUCUCGGUUGAAAACUAAUUUCUUUGGAAAUGCUUUUUGUGUUUAGUUUUUUGUCCUUCCCCCGCACCUCCGAUUAGCAUGGUUGGCUACGUACAGUGCGAAAGAAGUUCAGCGUACAUACAUAAGCAGCUUUGUUUACGCUCAAUGGCAUCGGUUUUUACGUAGGAAUGCUGAUGAUGUUCACCCAUCUUCGUCCGUGGAAUCACGCGGCACGUGCACAAUCACUCGAUGUUUGUCUCGUUUGCAAGAGGGCCAUAGGUCACCCAAAUGGCAAAAGCAAUAGGAGAUAAAGUACAAUGAGGCAAAUAGGAAUUUGAGCAAUAACAGAAUAGAUUUUUUAAAAAUACACAAAUAUUUACAGAAACGUCACUCGGUUGCCGUAACGCAGACGGAACUGUGAGCAACGUAGAUCGGGGCAGGGAGCGGUGGCGCUGUGGCGAGCACCCUCCACCGUGAACCCAUCCUCAGCUAUGACUAACAUUGGUGGCAAGUAAGUGCCCAGCCAGUCCUGGGCCUCCGCUUCACUGUCCUGCGAUAACCAGCUUGGCAAAGUAUGGUCAAAGAACUCCCCAGGGAGGAAACCCUCACCUAGCAGUGGGAGCGGCAGUCAAUGUUACAGUUAAUGCCACUUGCUUUGACGAAAUCUCAGUUGUUCCAAGUCGGUGUGGAGGAGUGGCUCCUGACCUCCGCUGGAGCCGUUGACUGCUGCCAACCUCGAAAAAUAUAUUGAGCGGGCCACCGUGCGACGACACGCGCACGGGCACCACGCGAAAGCCGUCGCCUCCGGUUCCACGGGGCACUUCCCAAUGCUGUGGCGCCGACCACGCGGCGAUCAGAAUGCAGGGCUGGCCUUAGUUGGCGCCCAGUGUGAACUUUGCAUUUGGCCUCCCAGUUUUUUAGUGGACGAUAAAGGUUUCAGUGAAAGCUCAGUCCGCAGUUUUCACAUUUUUUUUAUUGAAUUCAUAGGGCACAAACGUUAGAGAAACAUUCAAAAGAAGACACUCGGUGUCUCUUGGUAUGGCACACCGCCAUUACCGGAUGUGACGGUGACCCACGCGCAGGCGAUUGUCACGCGCGGUCAGCAGUGGCAGCAGUAGGCCCUCGGUGCUGGUGAACUUCCAGGUAGAGAGUAGAGAGGAGGGCCACACACUCCUCUGCGCACACUUAUUAAGGAGGCAGCAGCAGCGCAAGAAAUUACCCGGCAGCAGCGGCAGCUCCUCAUCCUAUUAAAGAGGCAAUAUAAGACCUGGAUUUUGUCGCCCCCACCCCUCCUCCCCCCUGUGGGUGACAGUGGCGCCCUGUUUGAUAACAAGCAAUGGAAUUGACACGAGCCGUUUGUAAAAAAGGGACUUUGUAAAUAUGUCCACCGUGACAUUCUCUUGUCCUUGUCCGCAACGGGAGGCGCGGUGGUAACACUUGUGCCGUGUAGAGUUUGUACGUUCGCACCCAGUUCUGCUUGGCUUUCCCCCGAGUUCUUUGAUUUCUCGUACAGCUACAAAAGACGUACAAUGUGCAAUUAAUGGUCUUGGUCAAAUCAUCCCCAAUUACAAAAAAUUACCUCCAAAUUACUCAAUUGGGAUCACGCAAACAGCAGCAACAUCGCUUCCCUAUUGCGAAAAAAACUCGGCAGGUGCCUCUUGAAAAAGAGCCUUGAGACUUGGUGAGACGUCUCUGAGUAAAACAAGCAGAAUAAAACAAAUGCAUUCUCACGCGGAGUUUGGGAGAUGUCACGUAGUAAUAUUUGCAUGCAUGGUGCUUUGCAUGCGUUUCACCUUGCAAAAUAAAUUGCGGUUCAAACAAAUAAAGCGCAUGACGUGUCGUGAAAUGCACAAGAGAGAGGGUUCGCACACCACACCAGCCGGAUAGUGCUGCAGGCUGUGCAAAUGGCGGCGAACAGGCGCAGACACCGAUUACCGCACAACGCGGCCUUCACUUGGUCGAUCAGGUGCUCACAUAAUUGUGAUUGGUGUGGAGUUUGUAGUGUGGUCGUCCUACCAACUCGCCAAUCGGCACGGUUGGCAACGUGCGGUGCGUGAGAAGUUCAACUUACAACUCUUAGCGGACUCACUGGCGGCCGAC